AUGACGUUGCGAAACCCCAAGGACGUGCUUGAUUACCUCUCCCGCUCAUUCCUCGCUGUUGCGGGCAUCACUCCACUGGUCUACAUAUUGGCUUGCAUUCUGCUAACCUUCCUCUUCGUCCGCACGAAACGUCGCCACCUUCGCCUCCCUCCGGGACCGCGGCCCCUCCCGUUCGUUGGGAACAUCCGCCAGCUACCGGCGACCUACCAGGAGGUCACAUAUACUGAAUGGGGCAAACAGUAUGGCGACAUUGUCUAUGCCCGCUUCUUCAACACACCUGUGGUCGUGCUCAAUCGCGUGCACAUCGCUCGAGCACUCCUGGACAAGCGCGGCGCUAAGUACUCGGGAAGGCCGCGGUUCACGUAUGUCGGAGACAUCGUGAAGUGGAAGCACCUCGUAAUGUUACCCUACGAUGCCCAGUGGCGCCGUCAGCGUCGGUGGUUCCAGACCGCCCUCCUCGCCCGAAACACGCUCAACUCAUACGAAGCGCUGCAGAGCAAAGAAGUGCACACUCUGCUGCAGGAUCUCGUACGUGAGCCCAAGGAGGCGCUCUCGCACGUCAAGCGGUAUGCCGCGGCGCUAAUGCUGGGUGUCGGGUAUGGCUAUUCGCCCUCCUCCGUGGACGACGAGUACAUACGCAACUCGGAGGAGGCCAUCCACCUCACCCUCGAUGGUGGCGGGCCAGGGGCCUUUGUAGUGGACUUCUUCCCGGCUCUAAAAUAUCUACCAGCGUGCCUACCUGGGAUGGAGUUCAAGCGCAGAGGCCUGCGCGCCAGGAAACUGGUCAGGGACAUGGAACACAUCCCGCUCGAGCGAGUGCAGCGUGAAAUGGCAGCUGGAACGGCGCGUGCGUGCUUCGGUACGGUACUACUGGAGGAAGCUAUGAGUGGAGGAAAAGGAGUGUUGAGUGAAGACGAGGAGCAAGAGAUCGCGAGUGCGCUGGGCAUCCUAUAUCUUGCUGGGACGGACACCACGACGUCGUUGGUCUCCGCCUUCAUCCUCCUGAUGGUCCUGCAUCCCGACGUCCUCCACAAGGCUCAAGCAGAGGUCGACAACGUGAUCGGAAACGCGGGCCUGCCCGCGCUCAGCGAUCAAGCGGCGCUCCCGUACUUGGAUGCCGUCCUCAAAGAAGUGUACCGCUGGACUGCGCCUGCACCUGUUGGUGGGCCUCACCAGCUCACCGAGGAGGACGAGUUUGCUGGCUUCGAUAUGCCCAAGGGGUCUACAGUGUUAGCCAACAUUUGGGCAAUGUCUCGCGACGAGGAACACUAUCCUGACCCAGAGACGUUCGCCCCGGAGAGGUUCCUGGGCGUGACCGAGGAAGUUGCACAGACGCGGGACCCACACAUGUUCGUAUUUGGCUUCGGCAGACGCAUCUGUCCUGGCCGCGUGCUAGCCGACUCGAGCAUCUUCCUCGCCGCGGCCAACCUGGUCGCGGUCUUUGACAUCAGACCGGCGAGGACACUGGAUGGCAAGGAGAUCAUCCCUGUGCCUGCAUUCACGUCUGGGACAGUGAGGAGCCCGAAGCCAUACUUGUGCGACAUCUCUCCGAGGUCAAGGAAGAAGGUCGACCUUGUUCUGGGCACAACGGCUCCCUGGUAA